GGGUUGGUGGUCGUCGCCGACGCGUCGGUGGUCGAUUGAAAGUUAGGGUUACAGAGGAGGGUGGGUGGUAGAGGAGAAAAGGAGGAAGAAGAGUGUGUGUUUCUUUUUCCUUUCUCUUUCUGUAGUCAUCGCCUCCAUAGCUGGGAACUUGCGCGUUCCUCCUCCUCCUCCUCUCUCUUUCACCGGCAAUCAUGGCUAUGGCGGACUACCAAGCGGAUGUGAAGCUGUUCGGGCGAUGGAGUUUCGAAGAUGUGGAGGUGAGCGACAUCUCUCUCCAGGAUUACAUCGCUGUCACACGCAAGUUCUUCGUGCCGCACACCGCCGGUCGCUAUCAAACCAAGCGUUUCCGCAAGGCACAAUGUCCUAUCAUCGAGCGACUUACCAACUCACUGAUGAUGCACGGGCGCAACAAUGGCAAGAAGCUGAUGGCUGUGAGGAUCGUCAAACACGCAAUGGAGAUCAUCCACCUUUUGACCGACCAGAACCCGAUUCAGGUGGUAGUGGAUGCCGUGAUUAACAGUGGACCUCGAGAAGACGCGACCCGAAUUGGUUCCGCUGGUGUCAUCAGACGUCAGGCUGUCGAUAUCUCCCCUCUCCGGAGGGUUAAUCAGGCCAUCUAUCUCAUCACGACAGGAGCACGUGAGAGCGCCUUCAGGAACGUCAAAACUAUUGCGGAAUGCUUAGCUGAUGAGCUGAUUAACGCCGCGAAGGGAUCUUCCAACAGCUACGCCAUCAAGAAGAAGGACGAGAUCGAACGUGUUGCCAAAGCCAAUCGUUAAACACAAAAAAUUGUCACGCAGUGCUCCCUCGUCUCUCUCCCUCUCUCUCUCUCUCUCUUUCUUUCUCUCUCUCUUUCUCUCGUUGUCCUUAUCUUUCUCGCUAUCUUUUCCUCGUGUUCUUGGGGGUAUGACGAUGGCGGCGGCGGCGGCGGAGGCGAGGAGAAGGAGGUGAGCAUUCGGGUUGGUUGCAGGACUCUUCUUAUCGUCCGCUCUCUUCCGCUCUGGGCUUCCCUCUCCUCUCCUCUCCUCUCCUCUCCUCUCCUCUCUCUCUCUCUCUUUCGCUCCUUUGUACUUGCCUUGCAUCUCACCAGAGGGGGGCAUUACCGGUCUCUCGCGCUUGGCGCGAAGUGAGUUCAAUCGCACAGGUAUGUUGAGGGGAAGGCUAUGAUGAGCGGAGCGAGUUGGAAAACAGAGCUGCGGUGGAGGGGAGAGGCGAUCGAAGCUGGAGAUGGAGAUAGAGAGAGAGAGCUUGAUUGACGCUGAUCGUCACGGAUCUGACGGCCGACAGUAGUGAUUGGAGUGACAAUGAGUGACACACGUGAGUGAGAUGAGGAUGAUGAUGAACAUUACGGGGCGGCGCUGUUGUUGAUGAGAUUUGGACACGCGGUGUACACGUGGGCACCUGUUUGUGGCUUCCAUUCCUCGUGACAGAGACACGGGAUCGGGAUCGGGAUGGGAGGAGUGAUUACUCUGUAGAUCAGAGGUGGGAGGGGUCGGGAUGGGUGGAGGGGUGGGUUUCCGAUUUCCCCCUUCACUUUUUAUUCGCGCGCUCGCCUGUUUCAUGGGUCGAGGAGAAAAUUUUGAGGAUGCCAUUAUUCGAUACAUGAAUUUUUGAGUUGAGAAAAGUGAAGUUCGGUUUCUCUUUUUCUUGCGCGUCAUCUCUUUUUUUUGGAUUUAUGCGUGAGGGCAUCGACACACCACUGUCGAAAUGUGCAAAAUGAGAAUGAACUUCCCGCUGGAACAUGGGCAGAUGCACCCGCCACAUUUUUGUCUUUUUCACAUUUCCAGAGUGGUGUGUCUAGGCCCUGAGUGAAGGAACUCCUCCUCAAUACUCCCGCGCCAAGUGUGUGUGAGAUUUGGGAGAAACUACCUGUCUUGUCUGGCGUUUUGUGUGUAUUGUCGUCGUUGUGCUUUGUCCCCCUCCUCUUCACGCAGGAUUGGGAUGGCUACCUGCCGUCUCUUGCCUUCCUAUACGUCUUUGAUAUGUACAUGUCUAUGCU